UCCGGAAGCCUGGCCCCCCACUGCAUGUGGCAAAGCACAGACUUCCUGCUUCACCCACUGGUGUCCCCCUGCUGUUCUCUCCGCCUUCCAGGAGCCAUCCCUGCCCCAGCCCCUGACCAGGGAAGGGGCAGGAGCAGGUGGCAAACCCAGCCUCCAGCCUCCGUUGUCCUUGGACGUUGUCAUUGCCUCUUACACCUGAUGUUCACCAUAACCGGAGCCUUAGAAAAGACUCUACGCCAGCACUUCAUAUACCAGAAGCUGGAGAUUGCCUAUGCCAUACACAAGCCAUUUCCCUUCCUCGAAGGCCUCCGAGACAACUCCUUCAUCACUGAGACGAUGUACAGGGAAUCCAUGGAAGCCUACAGAAGUCAGGUCCCUGUACCCAGACUGGUGUACAAUAUCCUCAGCCACCUGGAGAAGAUGUUCAACCUGUCAUUUCUGCCGAUGCUGUUCAGCCGAAUUAACCUGCGUGAAUACCCCGACCUGACGAGGAUCCUCAAGAGCUUCAGAAGUGUUGUCAUUUCCUACGGAGGAUGGAACAGAGCCGGGCUUACCCUCCUUGAAGUCCCAGCCAACUCAGCCGAAGGGAGCUCCCUCCAGACCCUGCUGCCGUUGCCCCCACCCCAACACCGAUCACAGAGCCUCUCGCCCCGUGAGCCCAGUGUCAGUGAGCCCAGCGCAUCCACCCAGCACAGCACUGAGAUCCAGACUGAAUCAUCCGACCCUCCUGGCCUGGCCGUGGCCCUCCCCAGAGCCACCCAGGAAGGAAGGAUCACUCCAGAAGACUCACAAGAGGGACCCGGCACUCCGCCUGCCUCUGUGCAAGAGAUAAGAGAUAUCUCUCCUGAACCAAAUGACCCCAAAGAGUUCCAGGGGGCAUCCAUCACACUUCCCAACAAGAAAGGCAAGAAAAGAAAAAGAAGUAUCUGGUCAACUCCAAAGAAGAGACGCCAGAAAAAAAGCCUCUCAAAAGGGAGAGCCUCACCUGAACACACAAUCCAAAAAAAGCUCCAACUGAUGGAUCAGGCGACUGAAAGGAAGGACGAUUCAACCAGCAACUCAGAGGUCAUAACAAGGGCCCAAAAGGCAAGGACUGGAUGUACACAAACCUCUGGACCACAGGAAAAGAAAAGGAACAACGAUGUCAGUUCAAGUUCAACCAGAAGGUGUCAGAAAAAUAUUCCCCCAAAGGAAAAACCCGAAGACGACCCCGUGGAUUUUCACUCUCCUAAACUUCCCGUGACGUGUGGUGAAGCUAAAGGGAUUUUAUAUAAGGAGAGACUGAAACGAGGAUCCUCAGAGAAGUGCAUUCAGAACGAGGAGGGAAUUUGGUUCACCCCGAAAGAAUUUGAAAUCGAAGGAAAACGGGCAACUUCAAGGAAAUGGAAACAGAGUGUGCAUUGCAGAGGAAAGACCUUAGAAGAGCUGCUGAAGAAAGGACUUUUGUUCUGUCCCCCAAGAAUAAAUGUCAAGAGAAAGGGGGAAACCUCCAAGGAAUGUGAGGUGUGCUGUAGAGGGGGACCACGGCUCUGCUGUGUCCCUUGUCCGAGAGCCUUUCGUGAGGAUCACAUCCCGCCUGCAGAGGCUGAGAGGAGCCCGUGGAGUUGCACCUUCUGCAGGAUGGAGUCUUCGGGAAGGCAGCCGUGUUGCGGGAAACCUGAGGUCCUGGAGAGGCUGCUACAGCCUGAGGAGCAGUUGGCUUCUGACUUUGGUGAGAUAGGAUUGGACUUGGAGGCAGAAUUUGAAAAGGACCUCAAAGAGAUGUUUAUUUUUUGCAAAGCCAAUGAGAACAGCUUCCAGACUCUUUGACCCUGUUCUAGAAAAACUAAGGCACCCCAACUUCAGGAUCCAGAUGAUGUGACCCUGGCCAUCUUUAGACAGCCAGUGAGUCUAGAAUGUUAUUGGCUGCCCUCUUGACUCAAACGCAGAGCCUUGUACCAUCAUCACACCUGUCUUUUCUUUCUACACCUAAAAGUGUGUGUGUGUGUGUGUGUGUGUGUGUGUGUGAAAUACACCUCUCAUCCCCAUCUAAGGCCUCUUCCUUCUCAAUAUUUACAUCUCUCUUCUCCCACAGUAUAUA